AUGGGCACAGCGAACGAGGAUAACGAAAGCACGGUUACGGGUGAAGCUGUGAUGCAGCGACUGAGAUCGGUGGGAUUGUCAAGCCACCUCCAGGCAGAAUGCUUAUCUGCAGUAUCUGCUGUAGACCGUGCGAAAUCAGCACAGACCACACCAAACACGGUCAAUACACAACCCGGACAAAAUACAGCAUUUGGAAUUGCAGCCUCUAAUCUAGAAAAACGACAAAAUGCAGUAGCACAACGCAUGUUAGAUGUCAAUGAUAAAACACUCGAAUGGGGGUCAACCCAGGUUAUCAUUGAUAUUGAUGAUACUGUCAAGUCUAGUGGAGGAUACAGACUCUUCAAUGUACCCCUCGGAGGAGUUGAUACACAAUAUGGACGAGGGGAGCUUUACCCGGGGUCAUUUCAGUUUAUACUGGAGUUAGCAAUGUACAAAAUGGGUAAAAACCGCAAACCUUUGCUUCUUGGCGUACUCACAACACGCAUACCACAGGUUCCGAUAACAGUGGAUUCGGCACUCAAUAUGAGACUCCGAGAAGUAGCAGAAAAAAGAGGAGUGUUAAAUUGGGGAAUCGACUGUGAUAAUAAAAUUUUGUACUCCACCAUCAAAGAAUGGGUUUUCAACGAAACAAGAGGAGAAAAAAAAUUUGUCAAUUUCAGAAAACUACUUAAAUAUGUAUGCAACGAAAACAGCAACGCAAGGUUCAUAUGGAUUGGUGACACCGGGGACAAGGACCUCGAGGCUGGUGAAAUGAUGAUCAAAUUUUUCCCAGGAAAAAUCAGAGCGGUAUUCAUGCACUGCGUAAAUCCUGAAGAAGGGAUGGAUGGACAGGGAAUGCCAAACGACUAUUACCUUAAAUCGGUGCCUAUUCUGUUUUUCCGCACCUAUGUAGGAGCAGCGAAAAAGGCGGUUGAACAUGGGUUGCUGAAUCACAAUGCACUGUCCCGUGUACUUGUAAGGGCAGUACUGGACCUAAAUGAAAACGGCACACAGGACCUUUCGAAGUGGAAGGAUUUGAUCAAGGAUAUCCUCGAAGUGGAAGAUAUCGCAAACCUUAAGCGCUACGAGGCAAACCUUGUUGUGAAAACCAGAGUCAUCAUCGAAAACAAAAUCAAGGAACUAUCACAAUAUAUAAAAGGCUAA